AUGCAGACGACAAACAACGGCUCUGAUUCGGCGAUGGCCACAUCAGCCGGAACAACUCCACCGUUGCAGCAAUCCACACCGCCGCCGCAGCAACAGCAGCAACAGUGGCAGCAACAGCAGCAAUGGAUGGCGGCGAUGCAGUACCCCGCGGCGGCUAUGGCGAUGAUGCAGCAGCAGCAGAUGAUGAUGUAUCCUCACCAAUACGCUCCGUACAACCAAGCAGCUGCGUAUCAGCAGCAUCCUCAGUUCCAGUACGCUGCUUAUCAGCAGCAGCAUCAGCAGCAGCAGAAGAGCCACCAAAAUCAGAAUCAGCAUCAGCGUGUUGGAUCUGGUGGUGGAGAUGAUGUCAAGACUCUCUGGGUUGGUGAUCUUCUUCAUUGGAUGGAUGAGACUUAUCUCCACACCUGUUUCUCUCACACCAAUGAGGUUUCUUCUGUGAAAGUGAUACGAAACAAGCAAACAUGUCAAUCAGAAGGGUAUGGCUUCGUGGAGUUUCUUUCACGUUCAGCAGCUGAGGAAGUUCUUCAGAGCUAUAGCGGUGUAACAAUGCCGAACGCAGAGCAGCCUUUCCGUUUAAACUGGGCGUCUUUCAGCACCGGAGAGAAGAGAGCAUCUGAAAACGGUCCUGAUCUAUCCAUAUUCGUAGGAGAUUUGGCUCCAGACGUGACUGACACUGUACUGCUCGAGACUUUCGCUAGAUACCCGUCUGUCAAGAACGCGAAGGUUGUGAUCGAUUCCAACACCGGGCGUUCCAAAGGUUACGGCUUUGUCAGGUUUAGCGAUGAGAACGAGCGGUCGAGAGCUAUCACGGAAAUGCACGGUGCUUUCUGUUCAAGCAGGCAGAUGCGUGUUGGUGUUGCAACCCCUAAAAGAGCUGCUGCUUAUGGCCAACAAAAUGGUUCUCAAGCUCUGACACUGGCUGGUGGACAUGGAGGGAAUGGUUCAAUGGGUCAUGGUUCACUUUCUGAUGGUGAAUCAAAUAAUUCAACAAUUUUUGUUGGUGGUCUUGAUGCUGAUGUUACUGAGGAGGACCUUAUGCAACCUUUCUCUCAGUUUGGGGAGGUUGUUUCGGUGAAGAUCCCAGUGGGCAAAGGAUGUGGCUUUGUCCAACUUGGUAACAGGCAGAGUGCUGAUGACGCCAUCCAGAACUUGAACGGGACAGUCAUCGGGAAGAACACUGUCCGUCUUUCGUGGGGACGAAGCCCAAACAAACAGUGGAGAGGAGACUCCGGCAACCAAUGGAACGGAGGAUACGCAAGAGGACAAGGUUACAACAACGGAUAUGCGAACCAAGACUCAAACAUGUAUGCUACUGCAGCAGCAGCUGUCCCUGGAGCUUCUUGA